AUGCGAGAGGAGAACAAUGUGCCAGCGGAGUGGGCUCCCAGGGACACGCACCGCCUCGACCCUCUUCAGCUGCUUCCCCCCUCUCAGAGGCACUGCGGGCAGAGCAGCGCUGCGGAGAGCGGAGAGGGCUGUCACUCGCGCUCACGCGGCAAGCCGGAGGUGCACUCGACUCGAGCGUCGAGCGGUGGUAAGAGGAGCACCGGCACACUGCCGAGAAGCGAUGACUGCUUGAAUGCCGUAGCACAGACCCCCCUGUUCAACUCCUGCGGUCAUCCUCGACGAUCCGCGGCACAAUGUCUGUGUUUACACACUCGACAGCGUCGUCUAGUUGUGCUAGCCGUCUUACUUGCUCUCAUCGUCAUCGUUCACUGGGUCAUCAUCGAAUUUACGACCAAUAUAGACGCACAACAGAAAUCAUCGAUAGAGUUGCUCAAUGAAGCGAACCGUGAAUAUGAGUCUUCAUCGCCGUUCUCUGUCCUGGUGCAGCACGAGAGUGCUGUUGAGCGGUUGACGACCGCACAGCGUGGUCUUGCGGCCUCUGGCGCUGGCUCUCUGGCGAGACUCGACCGGGAUCAGCUGCCGUCGUGGACGUUGCGUGUGAUCGACGAGGACUGCACGAUGUGCUUCGACAAUGUCACAUACGCUUCUGCGGUCGCUGCGGAUGCGGGGAGAUCGACUAACAAGACGGGACAUCAUAAGCAAAAAGGGCUUUCCGUGUUCGCGACGACAUCUGCACCGCUGGGCCUCAUGGGGCCGAUGCUGUUUGCGAUGGCGAGCGUGACGGACGACGUGGACGUUGCAGCGGAACUGCCGCGGUGGCAAUGGGUGACCUGGUCGUACGCGCAGCAGCGCCGCUUCGUUCACGCAUCGCAGUCGCGCAGCACAGGUGAGCGACCGCGACACUUGAUCGUGGUGGGCAUACCUUCAACGGACCAGCCGAUGCGCUACCCUCUGCGGGACGCGCAGCGGGCGACGUGGCUGACGUACCGAGAGGUUGCACGCACCGAGAACAACUUUACUGGCGCGCUGCUGCAGCUCUACGUGUUCGCUGCUGCGGAGCAUGAUUCUGAGGACUCGACGCAUUCCGCCGUGGACAUGGUUCAGCUGGCCCCGACAGUGAGCGAGUACGCCGCAGCAACUGAGCAGCACCUGGCUGUGGAGGGUGGAGACGUCAACAAUGCACCCCCCUACCUGCAGCGUCGCGUGGUGCUGCGUGAUGGGUGGCGCGACAUCCCACGAAGCGAUGACGCGGUGUGGAGAUCACCCUGCGCUGGUGUAAGGACCACCGUGGUGACUGCGGCAAGUCUUGUGGCCGGGACCUCGUCCCUCGCGGCUCUUUCAGCCCAGUUGUCGCUGCCCGUGACACCUGCCUUCACAGCAGCGGCGCAGUACGUGUGCCACGCGUCCGCGGCACUGUGGCAGGAGGCGCUGCACCACCGCAACUCGCUAUGGCUGGACUUUUGGACGGACCGCAAGCCGACCACGAAAAAGAAAAUGGGCAUGAGUAUAUCGUGGGGUAUACCGACGGAAGUAGGCAUGUCUCAAAAGACCGUGUUAUGGCUGAACUACGCGUACACUGCCUUCCCGGACGUGCCGUACAUCAUGAAGGGCGACGACGACACGUACCUGAAGGUGCCACAGUACUUGAGCGACCUGCGGCAUGUGCGCGGUGGGUGGCAGAAGCCGCGCAACUUGACGGCGACCCUUCCACACAGAGGGGUUGUUCCACCGACGCUGGCCAUCGACGAUGCGGAGGAAUGCCUGUAUCGAGUGUGGUGGUGGUACGACAAUCACAACGUUGUAUUUGGCCACGGUCCUGGCUAUGCACUAGACCGUCGUCUCAUCAAGGCUGUACUGAACCCGUUCGAUAUCACCAACCAACGUUUGCUGAUGCUAUUAACGGUGCCGUACACCCUCGUGUAUCACGGUCAUUACUUGAGCUUGCUCAUGCAGUACGAGGACCUUUUCGUGGGACGGCAAUUGCAAAGUCUUUCUGCUAGGGUGAAGGAAGUUUGCAUGAAGCGCCCACUGCGCUACGUAUCGGACAGAGAGCCGCGUUCGCUGCAGGUUCUCCGACCCGCGCCCUCCAGUCAGACCUGGACAUGGAGCUCGGUACUGAUGCACUAUGCUAUGCCGGAGAUUCCUUAUUUCAUCCACUACUACUUCAAGCACGAGUUCAAGGUAGCCGAGGCGGCUAAAGGUGCGCUUGCGCAGGGCAUCAACGCCAGCGCCAUCGAUGCGAAUGCGACAAAGAAAAUGAAGGAAUGGGUAGCGUCGCAAGUGCCAACCGUGCUGACGGGUCUGAAAAGGGUGAAGAAUGUACGCUGGGUGCGCGGAGCCCCACGCACCGCGUACGUUGUAGCUGAGGGCGACGGUGUUGCGGUGUACGAUAUUGCGUACAGGCGUCGCAAAACGAUGCUGAUCGAAUGUGCCAUCGAGUCUGGAAAGUAG